AUCAACACUUAUUUUGAAACAAGUCCCGGAUGUUGUAUUUACUAAUGCAGAUAACUUGACCAUGGUCGAUUGAGUAUCAGCCGGAGAGAUACGAAAUUGACACUAUAUCAAGUGGAUUUGACAAGGAACUUAGUCCAUGAGAAUGACUCAGUAAGAAUGUUUUGGACUAAAAUACGCCAGGCUUAGAAAUACUGAACAUGUAUUAUGUUGUUGUGUCGUAGUUACCCUUAACGGACACUUUGCGGUGUUUACUUAAGGUCACACUGGGUUGUUGUCACUGUGCACUGUGGGACCUGUUGCAGAAAAUACCAAGUUGGCUUUUCUGACCUAGGAACAAGCCGUUUUAUUCGUUUAGAUGUUUUAGAAAAGACAGCGGCAGAAAAUUGACUCAGCUUUGACGCGCUGUGUCGCAGGUGGUAGCAUAAUGAAUAUCCAGCGACUUUAGGAGCAACAGCGGAUUUCUGGGAGCCCAGCCUGAGCACCGAGCACCGGGCACCGCUGUCAUCCAAACUCCGUAAUCACGGCAAUGAGUGAGCCCCCAGAAGGGCCUGUGGGGAGGAAAAUGAAGACGCGUGCCCCACCUCCGCCACAGCCUCCUCAACCUGCCCCUCGCCACAUCUUCAGAACCACUGUGCCCGAUGGGGGAAGGACAUCAGAUGUAGAUGCCAAGGAGAAUGCGCUAAGGUCCACUGUCCAUCUACAGCUAACUCUGCCACAGGGAUGCCAGAUUUCUCUAACUGAGGAUGGGAGUAAGGCACUGAUGGACUUGCUGGUUGAGGUGUGCAGCCGCUACCACCUGAAUCCAGCGCUGCACACACUGGAGCUGCUAUCGCCCGAGGGCCACCCUUUGGGGUUCAAGCCCAACGCUCUGCUGGGCUCCCUCAACGUGGCCUGUGUCCUCAUCAAGGAGAAGGUCUGGGAGGAGAAAGUGGUACGCAGACCAGCACCCAAAGUGCCAGAGAAAACCGUGCGCUUGAUGGUGAACUACCACGGCACCCAAAAGGCAGUGGUGCGGGUCAACCCAUUAGUACCACUCCAGGCUCUGAUACCAGUCAUCUGUGAAAAGUGUGACUUUGACCCUGCACAUAUCCUGCUCCUGAAGGAUAGCAGCAGUCGCCACGAGAUACCACUGGACAAAUCACUGACAGAGCUGGGGAUCAAGGAGCUCUAUGUACACGAUCAGAGGCUAGACCCCAUUUGCUCCAGUACUUUCAGUUUAGGUAGCCCUGAGAAGAAAGGCUUCCUGGGGAUCUUCCAAUUCAGCAAAAAGAAAUCCAAGACAGAGACACCAUCUACGGAGAUGGAUGAUAAAGUAAUCCAAAAUACAAACACACAAUCCAAUGGUCUAUCCAAAAUGUCUACAGUCCCCAGUGUAGAGGUUAGGUCCAGCACUUUGGGCCAGUCUCAUUCAGCCACAAACAUACCUAGGAUGUCUCCCCAGUCUGAUACCAAGAAGAGGAGGGCCCCAGUACCACCCGGAGCCCCAUCACCCAUCAUCGGGGACACUAGCUUUGACACCUAUCAGGUGGGCCUUGGCUCAGAAAGCCAACAGAAGAAAAGAAAGGCUCCAGCCCCUCCUCCUACCCCAGAUUCCAUCACCCCAGACUCUGACAGCACUUCAGCCUCUGCUACUCCUACCCCUGAUAGCCACGCUACUGAAACACCUACUCCAGUCUACCGCACCAAAGAGGCACAGUCAUUUCCAGUCUCCUCUGCCAUUGUGGUAACACAUGCAAUACAACCAGUCCCCAACAAAACAGCAGUACAACCUCCACAUGUAUGUGCUGCCAGAUCCCCAACCCCCAGCAGCAGCACUACUGACAGCGUAACGGUCCAGGAUUCCAGCUCUGACGACUCAGACGCUCACCUAGAACAGGCCGGUUCCCACUGUAGCACCCUCACCAGCAGCACAGCGAGUGAUUGUGUACGGGUCCAGCCCACAACAAAAAGCUCCAGCAGGAUGGUGGAAUUGGGAGGGUCUAGCGGCCUGGCUGCCAAAUUAAAUGAAGAGACGACCCCAGCCAGCAACUCCAGGUCAGACGCUGAGUCUGCCCUUAACCUGAAACUGGAUGAAGCUGACAACAGACACAGCGCAGUGGAAACAGCUUAUCAACAAGCACCACCUAAACCUCGCCGUUCCCCAGCCCGGGAGCCACCCCAGCUUGCCCUACCCUCUACUCCGUCCACUCCUCCCCUGUCCUCCUCUCCCACUGAGCCCACAGAAAGCAGCUCCCCUCAGAGUCUCAUGGAGAUGGAGGAAGCAGCUCCCGAGUACUGGCUCCACUCUGUGCAAAGCUCAAGAGCCAGUGGCCAGAAACCCAAAACUGAAAUACCUGAGGAGACUCUGUCCUUGGGCAGCAGCAGCAGCAGUGGCAGCAGCCUGCCUGACCAGGGUUACGCUGCCUCUGAGGGCAUGGCAGAGGGUGAGGACUCUGGUAUGAUCAGCUCUCCAUCUGACACCCAACCCACAUCUCCAGAUGGGAGUUUGUCUCUGGAUGGAAGUGGCAGAGGCAGAGGAAAGAAACUACUGGGACCAGUCCGGGACAAUUCCAGUGACAGUGAUGAGGGAUGUGCCACCUGGGGAUCGAGACACAGGCACGGUGAUAUCAGCUCACAGGCCAAGUCAGACGGGUUAAAAGAUGGCUACGAACAUGACCCAGAGCUCACAGCUCAGCUCCAUGAGACUUUGGCAGAGUUUGAGGCAGACCUUGCAGAACACAUAGAUAUUGUCUCAGCAAAGGAGACUCCCUAUACCAUGUCCACAGAUAGUAAUGAAGUGCCGGUGUCUGUCGUGGACAUGGAUGUGCCAGUCACAGCUAUAGAUGAAGUACUGGAGGACUAUGAACAUAACAUUUUAGAAAAUGAGAAAAGUUCACCUAUUAUGGCCGAGUCCUCUGAUUGCCAAGGUUUUCGUCAACAGACCGGUUUGGAGCCACAGAACAAAAACAACAAUGCUUGUACAGCUGCUGGCAAUAAUAAAAGCAGCAGUGCAAAUACUAAGCAUCCAUCUCAACCUGAGCAGCAUAGGAAGUCACUGGAGAGCAUGAGUAUAGGUGAUGUAAAGGAAGAAGAGGUAUUAGAGACAACAAUUGAAGAGAUGCAUUUCACUGAUGCCAACAGUGUGAAAGAGGGUAAACGGAGACCAGCAUCAGCAGUGAAAUCUAAUGUGGAUGUGCAGAAAAAGAGCAGGAGCACUGACAUCAAACCUGGUCCUGUGAAAAAUAAUGUUCGGUCUUUUCAAGAAAAGCAACCUGUUUUUCCACCAACCAGUCAGAAAUCAGUCUCUGCAGAAGAAGAGAUGCAUAGAGUUUACCAAAACAACCCCAGCUCUCAUGCUUCAUACAGUAAAAUUACUCACAAUGUCACCACACGCUUCGGUAUGAGAACAUUCACUGUGAUUCCUCCCAAACACGCUGUCACACAUACUGCAACUGAAAAGCCAGCUGUCACAUUAAGUGCAGGUGCCAUUAAGAUUGAUGAUCAAGGGAACAUGGUGAAAGUGGAUAUAUCCUGCAACAAAUUUGAUCGUUCAUCAGAGAAAGGGACAAAUUGUAGCAAGGAGUCUCCUCUUCUUGGAAAAGCCAAAGCUUUUUGGACCUCAAAUGAAAGACAAGAAAGUGUUGUGCUCCACAGUAAAGGUCUAAUCGAUAAAGCUAAGGACAACACAGAUGGCCUAAAAUGUAUUCCCACUCCAGUCUCAGAAACCACAGCUACUAGUAACACUGAGAACCUGAAAAUGACACACAGUACACUCUAUAAAACUACAGAGAGAGCCCAGUGUAAAGACAUGGUUAAAGAAGAAGUUGGAAAGCCAGGGAAAGACCUCCAAGUUGCAAAAGAGAAGCAGGAGAAGGUGGAGACAGAGAAGAUUUCAGUGUCCAAAAACAUGCAACCGCCAAGAAAUAAACCUUCACUUCCUCCUCCACCCCUUCCAGAGGUCAAAAAAGACCUGCCCUUCCUUAAACCAUCCAGGCGGACUUCAAGCCAAUAUGUGGCAUCUGCCAUCACUAAAUACACCCCAAAUCUUUCAGCUAAACCCAGCUCCAUCCCUAAUGUUCCUGACUCUUCUGGCUCUGUCAAAACACAGGCUGUUGGCUUCCAGAGAUUGGGCCGGACCCUGCAAGUGAAUCCACACCAGUCUUCCCAGUCAUCUCUGUCAAAUAAUAAGAGUGACUCGGCUCCUAAACCCAAUCCUCCUGGCACUGAAAGGUCUGUGAACUGCCCAGAAUAUGUGUCAGAUAGGCAGAGAAAUGGUGAAGAAGUGAGAUCAGACACAGGAGGAUUUGAAAGUUGCACUGGAUCCACCAAAGGAAGCUCUAAUAUGCUGGAAACUGAAGCAGCCAAGAAUAAGCACAUUAAGUCUAGUGACCAUAUUCGACCCAGAAGUUCCACUCCUGCACAGAGUAGUCCUCUGCACUCAUCUGCCAAACCACCAACAGCCCCAAAGACCAUCUCCAAAGACCAGACAAGUAACAUGAGGGACAUAAUCACAACAGCCACCCAUCUCACACUUGAUGUGAAAUCACUACCUUUGGUCACCAUGCAGGAAAGCGUUGUGACUCCUGGACCUCUGCCAGUGACGGUUUUUGGACCAGUUAAAAAGUUCCGACCAGUGAUCUGUGGAUCUGUCAAAAAAGAGACAACUCUGCACAGCAGCCUGAUGGAAGCAAUACAGACAGGUGGAGUCAGGGACAAGCUCAAGAAAAUUUCCACCUCUGAUGCCAGCAGCAUAAAGAAAGCUUCUUAUGUUGAGGAGGUGAAUGAGAGGUCCGCUCUUCUGUCUGCCAUCAGAGCCCCAAGCAACUCUGACAGACUGAGGAAGACCAAAUCUGAGGCUGCUGUUGAGGUUGACAGGUUCAAGAAGGCAGCAUCUGCAGAGGAGAGAAGUGCAGAGCCUCCCCUUCCUCCCCCUUUGACUUCCACUCCUCCUGUCUUUUCUCAACCACCCCCUCCCCCACCACCACCAUCAGCACCCAUGCUUGUACCUCCGCCCCCUGUAUGUCCAAGUGCUAACACCCCCAUGAACCCUGCCCUCGCCAGGGAGGCUAUGCUGGAGGCCAUUCGCUCUGGAUCUGCUGCAGAGAGACUAAAAAAGGUCACUGUGCCCACAAAGACAAUCCAAGUGAAUGGCAGACUAGGAAGACGCCAGCCAACCUCCUUAACUCUUCCUCAGUAAUGAGAGGGGAACCCACAGCAGAAUCAUUUUUCACAUUCCACUUUGAUAUUUGUUUUUUGCCAUUGUGCUUUUGCAGUAGACUGGAUUGAGUCUCAUUUUGAGCGAAUGUUUGAUUUGAACUUCACAUCUCUUACUGCCAGUUUGGUACCUUAUGCUUAAACUACAGUAAUGCAAUUUUUAAAGGAACAAUAAAGCAAGGCGAAUUGUUGUUUUCAUUUAUACAGCAAAACAUUUUUAUUGAACAGGGAAUGAUUUAAACUUUUCUUCUUGCAAGAGGAAUGUUUCUCUGUUAGUAGCCAAACAUCUCUGACAUCUGUUGGUGUCACCAAUAUCAGAUCUCUCACCUCCUAACAGUAGCUUGUUAUAUUGCUCUUUCUAAAUAUAUCUUGCCAUCUGUACUUGAAUUCUCUGGUUUUAGCUGCAGAGCUGUACAAAAUGUGUGCCAAUGAAAGGAUAUUUCAGUGCUUUUUGAUACUUGUAUAUAUAUUUCUUUCUUUUACCACAGUGACUUACUGAUGCCUUAUACAGUUGCUCCGUCAGUGUUAUGUAUAUUGUGCUUUCUGUAAAGUUCUAUAUGGGUGCAAUAAUUUGGAUCUGAUUUAUGUUUCCAAUUAUUUAAUACUGGUUUGACAAAAUUUGAUUGUUGAACUCUUAAAUGCCCUUAGAUAUUGAUUGAUAAAUUCUUGUUUUAAGGGUAUACUUUUCCCCAGAGUUGGUCUGUUAUGCCAACUUCUACAGUUCCUGAGUCUGAGGGGGAGUGAGACGAUGAUGACUGACUAGUGCCUGUUAACUCAUUAGGCCCCUGCUUGAGCUUCUAACCUUCUUUUUGUGCUGCUGUUAAAAUUUUGACUGACCGUUUAUGACAUUGUCAGGGUAAAUACUUCGCAGGAACCUGUAUGUGUAUAGGUGUGAUGCUGACAAUGCCUUUUUAUGUUUGAUUUAUUACAAAUUAAGACAAAAUGUUCCUUUCCUUGACAGUGUAAUACUGUUGAAGCACUGUUAAAGCACAUCAAUGGUGGAUACCACAAUUUAUGAGGUCAUCACCAGUAUGUAAUGGCAAUAUAAGACAAAAAAAGCAGUGGUAAGAAAGCAGAAUGUUAUUGUUUUGCCUUGAUUUAAGAAAGUGUUAUGGCAUUUCAUUCCUUUCCUCUGUAGACAAAGUUUACAAUGUGGAGUAGUUGUGUUUGUUAGAGAGAGUUAGUAGAAUACUCAUACUGAAUCUUUGGAUUGAAGAAAAACCUAGAGCAUUCCUGUUCAGGAAUAAAAUGCUUGCUGCUGAGAGUAAAGGGAGUCAACUUCCUAGUUUUAUAGACAUUUAUUUUAAUUUAUGCUCAGUUUCAACACUCAAAUAUUUCUACUGUUCUGUUUUAUCCUGAAAAGUGAGAACUUUUCUUUUUCCUAACUAGAGCAAGGUUAUUUCAUUUCUGUACCCUACUGCACAUUGUAUCCAUGCAUAUUUGGUAAUUCUAAAAAAAGACAUUCGCUGUCAUAGAUUUGAUUUAAAUCUUUGACAAAAUGCUAUCCCUCAGAUGACAUGAAAAUGUUAUAAGCUGUUGUUUACUGCUUAAGUUUUAAGUGCACAUUGUUUUUUGGAAAGUUUUUUGUCAACCUAAUUGUUGAUUCAAUAAAUAAUUUUUUAA